UGAAGUUAAGUGGUCAUCCGUUGGGUCGCGUUGAGUGGUUUCUAUUAUGCAGAGCAUCAAGUGUGUGGUGGUGGGGGAUGGAGCAGUGGGAAAAACCUGCCUGCUCAUCUCCUACACGACCGGAGCCUUUCCCAAAGAAUACAUUCCCACCGUAUUCGACAACUACAGCUCCCAGAUCACCGUGGAGGGCCGCAACGUCAGCCUCAACCUGUGGGACACGGCGGGCCAGGAGGAGUACGAUCGCCUCCGUACGCUCUCCUACCCGCAGACCAACGUCUUCAUCAUCUGCUUCUCCAUCUCCAGCCCCCCGUCCUACGAAAACGUCAAGCACAAGUGGCACCCGGAGGUGACGCACCACUGUCCCAGCGUCCCCAUCCUGCUGGUGGGCACCAAAAGUGACCUUCGAAACGAUGCGGAUGUGCUGAAGAAGCUGAAGGAGCAGAACCAGGCGCCCAUCACACAGCAGCAGGGCCAGGCCCUGGCUCGCCAAAUCCAUGCCGUCAAGUACAUGGAGUGUUCGGCACUCAACCAGGACGGCAUCAAAGACGUGUUUGCAGAGGGAGUGCGCGCUUUCCUCUGUCCUCAGCCUGUGGUUUCCAAAAAGUCAUGUGUUCUCCUCUGAGAAUACAGUGUGGAUAGAGGUAUUUUAAUUGAAUUACACAGUGGAACGCAUUGGAAUGUUGGGAAUGUUGUGGAAUUUUAGGAAUGGUGAACAAGAAACACAACUUUAACCUGUGAAAUAUGAUAAUUAAGUAAACUAUAAAGAUGAUUUGUUGGGAUUCUCACCUUAGGGAGAGAAAUAGACAAACAGACGGAUGUGUUACCCGUUUGAUCUAUAUAGACAUUUUUUUCUUUUUUUUGCUAUUUGGUCCCUGCUUAAGGAAAAACUAGGUUUAAAAAAAAGAGAAGUAAUCUCUAGAUCCUCUUUGGGGUGUAACAUAAUAGCUAAAAGAAGUGAAUCCUUAAAAACAAUUAAGUGUUAUAUUGUUGAUUUUUAGUGUUUGGACCCUAUUAAUACUAUAUUAUAAAUUAAUACUAUAUUAUAUUUUCUGUUUUUUAUUUUUUGUUUUGUUUUAUAAGAACAUGAUCUGAGAAUGUGAUAUAUAAAUAUAUUAGUACUAAUAUAAUAACUUUUUAUAUCUAAUGCACUUGUUCUGUGAGUGAGGUUAUAUGCGAACAGGCCUUUAGUUGUGGCUUUCAUGUUGCUUAUAAUGGUGACAACGUCUGAGUUUGUCAGCUUUACCUCUAUGUGGUGUGGAUCUGGCAGUCCAUUCAGGAAACAAAGGCCCCAGUAUCUAUUCUUCAUUCUUUUCUUCUGCAACACAACAGGGCAGGGCUUUGAAAUCAUAAAGCAGAUGGGAAACUUUAUAUGACUGAUUCAAAAUUCAUAAACGUGCUAUUCAUAAAUGUGCUAUUAAAGUAAAAGUAAGCUUUUCAUUUACCAAAACAAUCAUUUUAGGUAGAAGACUUCAAAGCUCAGGGAAUCAUGACCAAGCUCCAAUCCAGAAAUCUUGUUAAUAUGAAUGUACAUCGUAUAGUGUCUUCCUAUAUUGUAACUCUUUAUCAUGUGUGUAAAUGACAGUAGACUGUUGUGUAUGUCAAAGCCAGAGGUAAAACAUGAAGUACAUGAUGUUCUUUUAUUUUCUUGAAUGUUCCUGGCAUUUUCUCUUUAUUGUUUUGUCCAUUACCAAAGGCGUAUGCCUUAGACACCUUUGAUCUCUUUUCUCUUUGAUGAUGUUGCAUUAACAACACUGCAUUAAUGACUCUUAUAUCCUGCUUGAAUCUCCAUACAACAUUAAUAGCAAAAAUAGAGAAAAACACUCUCAGCCAGGACAACAGAGCACUAAUGUCUCAUCGUCAUGUGAAAGCUAUCAUUUCCAAGCAUUGAAAAAUUUGGGUCAGUCAGUUUUUUAGCACAGAGACAGCUAUUUGGAGGAGGACAUAGAGACGCAUCAGUCUUAUAGUGUCACAGAUAAACAAUAUUCUGUCCAGAUAAAGGCAAACAGAUUUUUCUUAACUGUAACCGUAUGGCUGGUUGACGUGAUGUUAUGAUAUUUCUCAUGAAAACAGAGCCGUGCCAAGAAUCAUUUGCACUAAAGUGUCCAACUAUGUUUCUGUGACUGCCCAUGUGUCAUUAAAUUAUACGCAGCUUUGAAAAUGGUUUAUUAUUUGAGCUCUUAUGUGUAUUUAACUAACAGAACAACUCCAACCCGGCUUUAUUCAAACAAAUUUGUACAUGUCUUUCCCCCACAUUGAACUAAUGCUGUCAUAUGGCAAUUUUAUACAAAAAAUAUUUAUCAAUUUGUAAUUUAUGCACAUGAAAAACAUACAGUGUGUUUUAAUUCAGUUUUAUUUUUAAAUAAAGUUCGAACAGCUUCACUUGA